UGCCCACAGAUCACCCCACGCCGGCUGUGCCUGCUCCCCGACCAGUCGUGUCCCAGGUCAGGAUUUGCCUGUCGCGGUGCUGCAUUUGGGAUGGAGCUUUAGAUAGGCUGUGGGUCAGCAUGUGAGUUGUUGGAACGGUCUCGGGGUUUGUCCGUGGUGUGGCAAGCCUGUUCCGUUUGAUGCUGACAGCUCAAUCCCUGGCACCCACGUCCUCUCUUCUCUAAUGGGCAACUCUUCACUGCCGUAAAACAGGUCUUGGGCUGCCUCUGCACAGGAUACAGAGCCUGCUGCAGAAUGAACGUCAGUGAGGUGUCUGAUGACUACGAUCCUUACUCGUACGGUAACUUCACUGCGCCCAGCUUCGACACGCCAGCUCCGCAGACUUUCCAGCUGACCCCCAUCCUGUGGGUGUCUCUGGUUCUCUACUCCCUUGUCUUCCUGCUGGGCGUGCCGGGGAACGUGGCUGUCAUCUGGGUGACAGGCUUUGGGAUGAAGCGCACAGUGAACACCGUCUGGUUCCUCAACCUGGCGGUGGCCGACCUCCUCUGCUGCCUGGCACUGCCGUUCCUGGCCGUGCCCGUGGCCCGCAGCAACCGCUGGGAGCUGGGUAACUUCGCCUGCAAGCUGCUCCCAUCCCUCACCAUCCUGAACAUGUUUGCCAGCGUCCUGCUCCUGAUGGCCAUCAGCGUGGACCGCUGCGCCCUGGUGACCAGGCCCAUCUGGUGCCAGAACCACCGCACAACCCGGCUGGCCUGGGGCCUGAGCGGGGCAGCCUGGCUCCUGGCUCUGCUCAUGACCCUCCCAACCCUCAUCUUCCGGAUGACGCACAAGGACUUCUCAGGCAAAGUGAUGUGCGUCCUGGAGUACGCUCAAGUGGCCAGUUACCAGACCACCGUGGAGGUGUCCGUCGCUACCUUCCGCUUCGCUGCCGGCUUCCUGGUCCCCUUCAUGGUGAUCGCCACCUGCUACAGCCUGGUCCUGGCCCGCGUCCACAGGAGCCGUUUCACCCGCUCGCGCAAGACCAUUAAGGUCAUUCUUGUGGUGAUCAUCGGCUUCUUUGUGUGCUGGCUCCCCUACCACGUGGUGGGGCUGAUCAUUGCUGCCCACAAGCCCACCACAAGCCUCUACAAAGGUGCCGCUGAGUCCGACCCCCUGAUUGUGGGUCUGGCUUACGUCAACAGCUGCCUCAACCCUGUCAUCUACGUCAUCAUGGGCCAGGACUUCAAAGACCGGUUCCAGCGCUCGCUGAAGACCAUCCUCCGCAACGUGCUGAACGAGGAUUCGCUCUCCAUGGGUGACGGCAGGAAGAAGACCAGAUCCACACAGGAGACCAAGUCCACGAUGGAGGACCAAAGCAUCGGGGUGUGAGCUGAGGAACGGGCCCAUGGCAGCCCCACUGCGGGCCAGGCUUGUGACAUGUCAGGUGAUGACUGCCUCCCCUUUGCUCGCUGUCGUUACCCUGGGGGAUCCUUGCAGGGCGCACAGCCGUACAGCCAUCGCCCCUCGCACGCCCCAGGCCCCUGCAGGCUGUGGGGCGGGGCAGAUGGCGAUAUAAUGCACAUAGUGCCACCUCUAUAUUUGCAUAUCUGAAUAUUCAUGAUUUCAUUCUCCUAUUUCCCCAUCAUCCAACCCUUUGGCGCCUCACUCCCCUUCCUAUCCUCCCAGCUCCCGCCUUGAUUCCCCCCAAUCUCCAGUUCCCCAUGUCCCCCUCCCACAAAUUCCUUCUCCAGCCCUUUCCCCCAGUCUAGCCGCACCCCCAACAACCCCUCUGCCAUAGAGACAGGACUGGAGCAACAUCUGGAAUCGCUCUACAACCACAUCUCCAUGGCUACAGGCCACAGUCUAGGUGGGUCUCCUCUCUGGCUAGGGUCCUCUCUGUGGUUGGAGACCUCCAUGCAUUGGGGUCUCCUCUACGGCUGGGGUCCUCAGAGAGAACCAGCCUCCAGGAGGCUAACUAUGGAGAUGUGGCAUAUGGAGCCUCACCCUCAGCUCUGCAGCUGUCCCAGGCAGGAUCCCUGCAUUGGGUGCUAGUGGCCCUCGUCCCAAGCUCCUCUCUCCUAAGCUAUGGGGGGUAACUCCUCUGCUGGGCAGCAAUAGUAGUCUGUUACCCUCUUACGCAAAUCAGCCACGAGAGGGCGACAGAGACCCGACCUCCCUAGCUUACAGAGACCCAGGGCCGCAGGGCGUGACUUUCCCUGCCCCUCAUGCAGUCAUCGGCACCAGCCCAGGGAGUGAAGCACAGGUCAGAACGGGGCAGCGUUUGGGCACACACUCUGCAUGGGUGCGGCCGAGCACCUGAGAGCCAGUUACCAAUGUGCAUCUGUGCAAGCAGCCCCCAUGCAAGCUGCUGCAAGCAGCAUCCACGGGGGGAAGAUUACGGGAGCAUUUCUAGCUUCCUACCCCUGUUGCCAAAGGCUCAGAAUUUUCUGUAACUUCCCCCUUUUAGGGCUGGGAUUUUGGGGAUUAGGUUUUUGGAUCCAACCGCCUCCCACCCCCUCCAGCACCCUGCAGGGGCACCAUCCCGGAAAUGUUGGUGUUUUGGGUUUUGUGUCAUGGGAGAGGACGACUGGCAGGAAAUCACUUCCUUCCUGCUCCAGGGCACGAGCCAGCCCCUGACUGACUGGGCCAGAGAGAGACUUCCCAGGAGGUUACAGGUCUGAGUGCACCUCUGCCAUGCCCAGGCCUGGGACGCAGCACCCGGUGUAGCAGCCAUGCUGACCCAGGGGAUCUGAGUGAGUCCUGGCACCUCUGGGCUUCCCUUUGGGAGCCUGUGCCCAGCAAGCCACAGUACUGUUUGUUUUAACAAUAGGAACAAAGCAUUUGGGGGAAAGGGUUUUAGAAACACAGUCUGCGACCUUUUCUCUCCUACCCAAAACCAUUCUGCAAUGAGGAUCUAGACAGGGCCGGCAUCUGCAGUUGCCCCAGCAGCUCCUGCAUGUCACCCUGGCCCUGCAAACAGCCUCUCUCUCCCCCAACCCCCAGGAGACGCUUGUUACAAACUGCUCGAGUCCCUUUGCUCGCUGGUGUGGACAGUCCUUGCACUAUCUCCUACCAGCACUCAGGCAUUUGCUGAGCAGUGGCUUAUCUUGAGCUGUCCUGCGUCCUUCCUGCUGGUUUGUGCAGCCAGACACCGAUUGAACUGAACCAACAGCUUCUUCCCGCAACGUUCACAGACAGCGGCCAUCCCUUGCCAGGGCUUGGCUCCAGCUCCGUGACCCCUCGAGUCUCGUCCCUGCACAGCGGCCUCUGGAGCAGCUGGGACUGGCUGGGCAGAGGUAGAGUGAGUCCUGCCCUGAUCUAUUGGACCGAACCCCCUCAGGAGGUCUCACCAUGACCAUCCCUGCAGCCCAGUGUGAUUGUGCAUUCCUCCCUCGGGGCCUGGCAGCCCCGGUCCCAGCGGCUCCCCUCGCCCUGGGCUGAGAUCCCCCCCUGCCCCAGCAGAUAAACAGGUGGAUCUGUGGCCUGAUCCUUGGUGCUACGCCUUCCUCCAUUAGGCUGUAUGGGGCUCUGCUGCCAUUUACCCCGGGCGAGGCCCCUCCAUCGCCUGCUGGGGCAGUGCCAAUGUGAUCCUGCGGGUAUUUCCAGGUUUGCCCUUAACACAGACGUGGCUGCUGCCGUGUCUCUCUUGAGCCUUGCUGUGACAAUGAGUGUGCGGGGCCGCGGGGGCGGGGGCAUGAAGCCACCUGUUUAUUUGCCAGGGUGGGGGGACCUCAGCCCCGGGACAAGGCACCCAAGGGGCUGGGAAUGGGGCUGCCACGCCCUGAAGGGAGCAUGGGUGGGGGUUACAUUUAGCGAUUUAUGGUGCUGUCCACAAGUCUGGGCUUUUCGGGGCGCUGGUUCUGCACACACUGUCCGGGGGUCCCUCUUUGCUAGGGUCCCUGCCAGCAGGGCCUACGCAGGCCAAUUCACGCACCACACAGCGGGGGUCCUUAGGAAUCCCGCCCUUCCAGCGCGCCGUGCUGCUCCCAGGAGACCCGAGUAACCACUCUCUGUGUUCAGUGAAUAAACAUGCCUCUUUGUCA